CAGAUGGAUAAGAGCAGCCUGUAAAUUCUCUCUGUCACCAAGGGCCUUACUUAAAGCUUUCCUUAGCAGUCUUUUUCCUGAGAGGUGGUAUGGCAUAGCGGUAAGAGUUUAGUUCCUGGAGUCAUACAUAGGUGGGUUUGGAUCCUGACUCUACCAAUGACUGUCUGUGGACAAGGAACUUAAUGUCUUUGAGUCACAGUUUCCUCAUAUGCAAAAGGAAGAUCAUACUAUAGUGGCCACCUUGUCAGAGCUAAGGUGAGAAUUAAAUGAGAUAAUGUGGAUUAAGUACUUAGCAUAGUGCCUGGUACAUAAAAAACACAUUAAAAGUUAACAUUUAUUGGUCACUUAAUCAAAUAUUGAUUGAGGCCUAGUACGUGUUGGGUGCCUAACAGGCUGUAGAAGGGAGGGUCCAGAGCUAUCUCCAGAUAUGCAAAGCACACUAUAUUCUUUUGAGGAGCAGAGUUCAUGCUAAAGGGGCAGAAGUUGCAGGAUAGUCCGGGUGACCUCUUGAAGUGACAAAAAGGGAUAAAGCAAUGCAUUCAUGAACAGUCAUCCAGAAAUGAGGUCCAAAGAGCCCAGGAGUGCUGACCUUUGCAUUAGGAUGGACUCCUGGCAUUGUGUUCCUUCAGAGGGCCCCAUCCUUGGAACGUCUCUGCCUGCCAAACAGACAGCAUUUAUUACAUAAAUGCCUAAGCCCUCAAAUCAAGGGUAAAGGCAAGGUUUCCGUUGGGCUUUUUGAAACCUUAAUUGUAGCCCAAGAGUCUCUGUUGCAGCUUUCAGGGGACCCUGGGGCAGGGUUCCAGAGCCUCAGUGAGCCAAGGAACCUCUUUAGGAUCCUCUUAAAGGCCAGAUUCCCAGGUCUCCUGUUGGCACUGAUGAUUCUGUGGGUCUCCAGUGGGCUGGGGCCUUUCCAGCCCCGAAAGUGACUCUGAUGAGGGUGUACUGAGACCUGCUAUGGAAAGUGCUGGCCUCAGGCUGGGCCCACCAGAGUGAGCCCAUGGGUCUCAGGAGGAGCUAGAACAGAAGUGGGGAGCAGGAGAGAAAGACAGAACACAGGGGCUCCCCAACCCAGAACUGGAGUAGGUGUGAGCAUGUGGGGUUGGUGGGCAGGACACGGCAUCCUAUAACGAUCUGGGCACUUCAGCCUGGGCAGGAAAAGGCAAAAAUGGGAAGGGCCAGGAGCGGGGCCGGAGGGCAGCUCUACAGCUAAAGAGGGACCUGGAUCCACUCACCAAACCCCAGGGCCCCAAAGAGCCCCUCGCUAAAAGACAAAGCCAACCCUCCCAAAGCAAGUGGAGAAUUUCUGGGUCUUGUUAACUCACGGCAAGAUGAAAGUACAAAUUCAAUGUUGCUGUGUUUUGUUUUCCCUUCAGAUUUGGAUAAUUUUCUGAAGGAGAGUCAGAGUUCUUAAGAGGAUAGGAUUUACUCAUUCAUUCAUUCCAUAAAUGUUUGUUCAGUGCCUACUGCGUCUAGGCACUGGGAAUACAGAGGCGAACAAAACCCAUCCCUGCCCUCGGUGCAGCGCUGGGCCCCCAACUCCAGCCUCUGGGAGAAAGUGACAGCCAGGGCCCUCAAACUAUUUCUCUGGGCCACAGACUAAGGUAGCAGGGAGCAAGGGAAGAUGAGGAACUCACACAUAUUAAAGCACCUGCUGUUUGCUCAAGCGCUGAUUUAGGCUCUCUAAAGCGAGCAUUAAACAGUAAUAACACUAAUUACUAUAAUGAUGACGAUAGUUAACGUUUUACCGAGUCUUCUUUUGUGUCAUGUUCUGUUCUAAGUGCUUUGCGGGCAUUAGCUCAUUUAAUCCUCACAGCAAGCCUAUGAGAUGGGUGUAGUUAUUAGCUCCAUCUCGCAACUGAGGCAACAGGCAUAGAGAAGUAGAAUGACCUGCCCGGUGUCGCUCAGCGCUAAGUGGCAGAGCCAGGAUUCGAACCCAGCUCUGGCCAAAUCAUGUACUUUCUCUCUCCUAUGCCAUGUGGCUUCACGGAGUGGGAGCCUGGAUUGUGGGUUCAAAUGAUUCCACACGUGGACUGGACCUCAGUAACCACUCAGUUGGGUCUCUGACUUUUGCAGUGGGGAAUCAGAGGCUCGGGGAGAUAAAAUGUCUUGUCCAGGGUCACACAGCAAAGCCAUCACAGAGCGAGAUUCGAAAGUGAGUCUUCUGAUAACCAGUGCAGAGCCAAAACAACACAUGUCAUUUCUUAGGGAUGUGUGAGUAUGUGUUUGUGAGAAAGAAACAGAAAGACACACACACACACACACACACACACACACCAGGCAGGUGAUGGUCCCCCUACGGGGCCCUGUGUUUGUCCUGGAGACACCAACCUGGCUUAGCACCCUGUACACUCCCUCUUUGGACACACGAGAAAAUCCCUCUUGUCACUUUAUCACCACAUCUUCUUUUGGACCCCAGGAAGUCCUCAGACAUGUGGCAGUUUUUGUUCCUGGAAAUGGUGCCCAGAGAAACCGUGUUGAAGGCCGGCUGAGUCCCAGGCAGGGCUCCCAGUGGCACGCAGCUAUUCCCCAAACUCAAAGCCACCCUACCGCAGACUCUGAAAGCACCCACCAGGGAGUUUCUGGGAAAGCCUCGGGUCCCCGCAUCUUUGCUGGAACACAGGUGGAGCUGCCCAAGGACAUGGCCUUGAGGGGGCAGCACCGGGAGCCCAGACAAGUUCUGGCGUGUGAGGAAUGUCAGCCCUGUGACUUCGCAGUCACACCUUGGCCAUGUGACAAGGCUGUGAGCUGUGACGGUGGGCAGCCAGUCAGCUCAGGGACCGCUGCUGGGUCUUAAGGGGAGGAGAGGGGACUCAACAUUCCCCAAGGGCCGGCUCUGGGCCUAGGAGGUUUUACAACUGUGAACUCAUUUGUAUCCUUCCGGUAACUAUUAUCCCCACUUUAUAGGUGAGUCAACGGAGGCCAGAGGGGUCCAUGCACGCGUUUGAGGUCACACACAAAGUAAACGGCAGAGCCAGGAUUCGGACUCUUUGGCUCAAAAGCCUGCGUCCUUGUGAUCGCACGCGUGGCAGGGCAGAACGGUUGUUGAGGACACAGCCUUUGCCUCGGACCUGGGUCCCAGCUCUGCCACUGAUGAGGCCUUUGACUGCAGGCGUGCUAUGUAGCCCCUCCAAGCCUCAGUAUCCUCAUCUAUAGAAUGGGGGUAGGAAAACAACAGGGUGGGGCGUGAGAGGACUAAUGUCACCUUGCCGUCCAGCCUGGUCCGUGGCGAUUAUUACACGGUGACACGGGCCUGGCAUUAUUAUUCGUUAAUUAGCAUAAGCCUUUCCUGCCCUGCCCCCCAGACCAUUACUGGGACUUCCACCCGCACCACAUGCACAGCGAGUUCGAGACCUUCCCCGAGAACCACUUCACGGAGCUCCAGAGCGUGCAGGCCCCGCAGCUGCAGCAGCUCUACCGCCACAUGGAGCUGGAGCAGAUGCACGUGCUCGACACACCCAUGGCGCCCACCCACGCCAGCCUUGGCCACCAGGUCUCCUACCUGCCCCGGAUGUGCCUCCCAUAUCCCUCCCUGUCCCCGGCUCAGCCCAGCUCGGAUGAGGAGGAGGGCGAGCGGCAGAGCCCCCCACUGGAGGUGUCUGACGGGGAGGCCGACGGCCUGGAGCCAGGGCCUGGCCUCCUGCACGGGGAGACAGGCAGCAAGAAGAAGAUCCGCCUGUACCAGUUCCUGCUGGACCUGCUGCGCAGUGGCGACAUGAAGGACAGCAUCUGGUGGGUGGACAAGGACAAGGGCACCUUCCAGUUCUCGUCCAAGCACAAGGAGGCGCUGGCGCACCGCUGGGGCAUCCAGAAAGGCAACCGCAAGAAGAUGACCUACCAGAAGAUGGCCCGCGCGCUUCGCAACUACGGCAAGACGGGCGAGGUCAAGAAAGUCAAGAAGAAGCUCACCUACCAGUUCAGUGGGGAGGUGCUGGGCCGCGGGGGCCUGGCCGAAAGGCGCCACCCGCCCCACUGAGCCCAGGCCCGAGCCCGCCGGGCCGCCAGGCCUCCCCUCUGGCCAUAGCAUUAACCCCCCGCCCGGCCGGACACAGGGGGGAAGCUCCCAGGGGCCAGGGGCAGGACUGGGGCGGGCCAGGCCUCGCCUCCCCGCCCACCCCCUCCUCCUCCAAGCCCCCGCCCACACCCCUGCUUCGCCUCCCACCAGGACUCCAGCCCCGGCUCCAGAAAGCCACCUGGGCAUCUGGCCCCAGCAAGGGUCAGCUUGCUUAGUACCAAGGGUGCUUCCUUGGGAGUUCGAAGUCAUCAUAUUUGUGUAAAUUGAACCUUCCUCUUUAAGCAUCCCUUUCUCUCCACACCUCUCCCCCAUCAGCUUCCUCAGGAAUACCAGUUAUUAAAGUUAUUCUCAGUGAGUC